GCGCAGUGUGAGCAGCUCAGACCCGGGCGCAGGCGUACUCGUCUUGCUCGUAUCUUGCUUCCUAAGCCCUGGAGCUCGGCUGGAGUUGGGUGGGUCUCGACAGCCGUGGCGACAGUGACAGCGACUGCCUGAGACCCAGACGGAAAUGGCGAUGGCGAUGUCGGACAGUGGAGCGAGCCGCCUGCGGCGGCAGCUAGAAUCAGGGAGCUUUGAGGCACGGCUGUACGUGAAGCAGCUCUCGCAGCAGUCGGACGGGGACCGGGACCUCCAGGAGCACCGGCAGCGCAUCCAGGCUUUGGCGGAGGAGACAGCGCAAAACCUGAAACGCAACGUCUACCAGAACUACCGGCAGUUCAUAGAGACGGCCCGCGAGAUCUCCUACCUGGAGAGCGAGAUGUACCAGCUCAGCCAUCUCCUGACGGAACAGAAGAGCAGCCUGGAGAGCAUCCCGCUCACCUUGCUGCCGGCCGCGGCCGCCGCCGCGGGGGCCGGCGCCGCCUCGGGCGGGGAGGAGGGGGCAGGUGGCGCUGGGGGCCGAGACCACCUCCGAGGCCAGGCCGGCUUUUUUCCCAGCCCCGGGGGCGCCUCGCGCGACAGUUCCGGCCCGGGCGAGGAAGGAAAGCAGCGCACUCUCACCACCCUGCUUGAAAAGGUGGAAGGCUGCAGGCACCUGCUGGAGACCCCGGGGCAGUACCUGGUGUACAACGGGGACCUGGUGGAAUACGAAGCGGAUCACAUGGCCCAGCUGCAGCGGGUGCACGGCUUUCUCAUGAACGACUGUUUGCUGGUGGCCACCUGGCUGCCCCAGCGGCGGGGGAUGUAUCGCUACAAUGCUCUCUAUCCCCUAGAUGGCCUGGCCGUGGUCAAUGUCAAGGACAACCCACCCAUGAAGGACAUGUUCAAGCUGCUGAUGUUCCCCGAGAGUCGCAUUUUUCAGGCAGAAAAUGCCAAAAUAAAACGAGAGUGGCUGGAGGUGCUGGAAGAAACCAAGAGGGCCCUCAGUGAAAAAAGACGAAGGGAACAGGAGGAAGCAGCGGCCUCUAGAGGGCCUCCCCAAGUGACCUCCAAGGCCACGAACCCGUUUGAGGAUGAUGAAGACGAAGAGCCAGCUGUCCCCGAGGUGGAGGAAGAGAAGGUGGACCUAUCGAUGGAGUGGAUCCAGGAGUUACCUGAAGACCUGGAUGUGUGCAUUGCUCAGAGGGACUUUGAGGGGGCCGUUGACCUGCUAGAUAAAUUGAAUCAUUACCUAGAAGACAAGCCCAGCCCACCUCCUGUAAAAGAACUCAGGGCCAAGGUGGAUGAGCGUGUCCGGCAGCUCACGGAGGUGCUGGUUUUUGAACUGUCCCCAGAUCGUUCCUUGCGAGGUGGGCCCAAGGCUACUCGCAGGGCGGUUUCUCAGCUAAUCCGGCUUGGCCAGUGCACAAAGGCUUUCGAGCUGUUUUUGAGAAACAGAGCGGCAGCCGUGCACACGGCCAUCCGUCAGCUUCGCAUUGAAGGUGCCACUUUACUCUAUAUUCAUAAGCUGUGCCAUGUCUUCUUUACGUGUCUUCUUGAGACUGCCAGAGAAUUUGAGACAGAUGUCGCCGGCACCGACAGUGGCUGCUACUCUGCCUUUGUGGUCUGGGCGAGAUCAGCCAUGGGCAUGUUCGUAGAUGCUUUCAGCAAGCAGGUGUUUGAUAGCAAAGAGAGCCUGUCCACGGCGGCAGAGUGCGUCAAAGUGGCUAAGGUGGGUGAUAUUGGACUAGACCUCACCUUCAUCAUCCGUGCCCUUCUGGUGAAAGACAUCCAAGGGGCCUUGCACAGUUACAAAGAAAUCAUCAUUGAAGCCACCAAACAUCGCAACUCGGAGGAGAUGUGGAGGAGGAUGAACUUGAUGACUCCAGAGGCUGGCAAGCUCAAAGAAGAGAUGAGAAGUUGCGGGGUGAGUAACUUUGAGCAGUAUACAGGGGAUGACUGCUGGGUGAACCUAAGUUACACAGUGGUCGCUUUCACCAAACAGACCGUGGGAUUUUUGGAAGAGGCCUUAAAGCUGUAUUUCCCAGAGCUGCACAUGGUACUGUUGGAGAGCCUGGUGGAAAUCAUUCUGGUUGCCGUCCAGCAUGUGAAUUAUAGCCUUCAGUGCGAGCCGGAUCCAGAGAAGAAGGCUUUUAUCCGACAGAAUGCGUCCUUUCUACAUGAAACGGUGCUCCCUGUGGUGGAGAAAAGGUUUGAAGAAGGUGUGAGGAAACCUGCCAAGCAACUCCAAGACCUGAGGAACGCAUCUAGACUCAUGCCGGUGAAUCCUGAAAGUACAACAUCAGUCGUCUGAGGCUGGAGUCUGUCCAUACGUGUACAGAUGAUAGUGCUUAUAGGUUAUUUAUAUUUAUAUUGUUGUAUUAGCAUAUUCUGUAUAGUCUCAAACACAGCUUACAAGUAAAAAGUGCCCUCAGAGAUGCAAAACCAAAAGAAGAAAGGAAAAGAAUGUGAAAUUAAGCCCAAAUAACAAAAAAUAUCAAAGUUGUUAAAACAUAUACUGACCUUUUAAAUUAUGCUAGUUCUCUAAUGGGUUUAUGAUCGCACUACAGUUAUUUCAGCUUCUCCUUUGAACCAAAAUACACUUUCUCACAGUGUAUCUUAUUCAACACAGAUAAAUAUGUCUACAAAUACAUCAGUUUAAGUGUGUGUGAAAAGUUUCCCGGUUACGUUUCUUAAAGGGUGCAGUACCAUGUAAAACACGCUGCCUCAGUACUUCCCCUUCUUGAAGUGUGAUUGGACACUUUUUGGGGAAAAGAAAGGAUUUGGGAAAGUUGGUUUCGGAGUAAACUCUAGUCAAAAGAAUUCUUUCUCCAUGAUCUAGCUAGCUAGCUUGGGGACUCAGAUACUCCAGUCCCUAUAUAAGAGGAAGCUUUUAUACAGAUUCAAACAUUUCCAACAGAAUUUGAAUGGCUAAUUAUUCUCACUUGUUAAUUAGCCGCUCCAUAGUUUUCCUAUUGGAGUUGGGAACGUCUACUUGGAAAUCUUAAAGAUUGUGAUGUUUUUCAACAUGUUUCUGAAUUGUGUGAAUUUCCAGCUGGAGCUUUUGUCUGUUAUAGUUAUAUUUAAUAAUAAUAAUAAUAAAACAGGAAACUUGACAAUCCUGACUGCAGCCAGUGAUUUUAGCUCCCUUUUCAAUGUAGGUUAUUAGGGGCUGUCAUCAAGCAAAUGCAAAAAAUUUUUCACUGAACUAUUUAGAUUUUAGGGACUGAGUAGCUGGGAAAGUAGAAAAAAAAUCAUAAGCAAAUCUCAGUGGUUUCACUGAGUAUGACAACUUUGAGCAGAGAUUUGUUUUUGGUUUUGUAUUUUUGUAACAAAGUGGAGAACCGAAGUGAGACAGUGUGCCCAAAGGAAAGGGAAGACGAGAAUCUUUUACUUAAAAAAAAAAAGAACAAACAAACUCCUGGAAUGCUCCAUGCUGUGUUUUUCUUGUUUUAUUUUUUACUUUCCUUCUUUGCUUUUGAAAGUGAAUAUAAUGCUUACCUUAGAUUGUUAGUAAUGCACAAAUAAAAAUAAAGAAAUAUGAGCUUCCCAACAUUUCUAAAUGAUUGCUUCCAUUGUGUAUUAAUUAUAUGACAUUCUUCAUUCUUUGAGAGAAAUUGUGCUUGCCAAGAUUCAUUUUUUUCCUAGUUGUGAUUCUUGUCCUUAAGUGCCAUUUUGGGUGCCAAUGAUUUCAAAAGGUCAUUUCUUUCUUCUUAAUAAAAAUGGUGUUAAUAAGACUGUAAAAAUUAUGUAAAAGCUAAAGUAGAUUCCAAAUAGUGGCUCAAGGUUGUAAAACCCCUUGACUUGAUUACUUAUGCUAGACCAGCCUUUUAUUUUCGUUUUGGCUGUGUUUAAUUACAAGGUUGAAAUUAUUAAAAUUACAUUUUUAAUUUUUUUCAUAUAACUUUAGGAUUUUCUAAUAACUAGAACAAUAUCUCUGUGAACUAAAUUAUACUUUUUUAAGAUCACUGGAAACUUGAAUUUUGUAAAAUUAUGUUAUUUGAUUAUUUUUGCCAUUUACACUUUAUAACAUUAUACUGUAUGAAACUCAAGUAUAAAUACAUGAUGCUGGUCUGUGAAUGAUACUUCUGAAAUCACAAUUCCUCUUAAGGCAUGAAGCUGUAGAAACUUAAAUGUGUAUGUAAACUCAUAUUAAAUAGAACUGUCUACUUUUUGAAACUGGAAGUACAGAAUUUUCUUAUGUUAAAAUGUAUGUGUUUCUUAAUCAGAGUUAUAACUGAAGGAAGUAAGCUUUUGCUGAAUCAAUUAGUGGGAAGUUGACUCGAGACCACCAGUGUUGUAAUGUACCUUGUGUCCAGAAAAAAAAAUUACAAUAACUGCAAUAUUCAAAGUGGAUUGAGACCUAAUUCUUUUGUUUCAUUAUACUCCAAAACAAACUAAAAAUUGAAUACAGUUCAAAAAUACUGUACAUAUUGAAAUAUACAGCUUUGGCAUUAACUGCCUUUGUUUUGUCUGCUUCAAGCAGAACACUGUCACUGGAGCUUGGAAUCACAGACUUGACUGAAUUAAUUGCUGUUUGGGAAAGCGUGCCCUGUGGAAUUAAGUCUCUUUUUUGAUUAACGUCUCAUUUCACUUAAGUGCUGAGGACUUUUUAAAAAAUGCUACCUAUAGAAGUCAGCACUUGCUUUUUGCAACUUGAUAUCUAAGAUUGGGAAUUUGGGACUUGAUGUGUAGGUUAAAUUAGUAUAUGUACAUUUUGCUUUGCUGCAACAUGAGGGAAUCUGAAAUGUUCUAUAAAAAUAAAUUAAAAUUUUUCUUAAACAUAAAAUUAUUACAGUGAA